AUUUACACUUUAGCAUCAAAACCCAACCCAGAAACCCACAGGAAUCAAUGGCGACAGUGAAGAGGAUCAAGCUUGGCUCACAAGGCUUGGAAGUUUCUGCUCAAGGCUUAGGCUGCAUGGGGAUGUCCGCCUUCUACGGCCCUGCAAAACCUGAACCUGAAAUGAUCGCUUUGAUUCACCAUGCCGUCAACAGUGGCAUCACAUUUCUUGACACUUCUGAUGUGUAUGGACCUCACACAAACGAAACUCUUCUGGGAAAGGCGUUGAAGGGAGGGAUGAGAGAAAGGGUUGAAUUGGCCACCAAAUUUGGCGCCCGCUUUCAGGAUAGCAAACUAGAAAUUCCGGGCGAUCCGGCUUAUGUGAGGGCUGCCAGUGAGGGGAGCUUGUGUAGGCUAGGUGUUGAUUGUAUUGAUCUUUAUUGCAUACAUCGGAUUGACACUCGAGUCCCCAUUGAAGUCACGAUGGGAGAACUUAAAAAGCUAGUUGAGGAGGGAAAGGUAAAGUACAUAGGUCUCUCUGAGGCAUGUGCUUCAACAAUUAGAAGAGCUCAUGUUGUUCAUCCUAUAACAACUGUGCAGCUAGAAUGGUCGUUAUGGUCACGGGAUACAGAGAAAGAGAUAGUUCCUACUUGCAGGGAACUUGGCAUUGGCAUUGUUGCAUAUAGUCCUCUAGGACGAGAAUUCCUUUCAUCAGGGCCUAAGUUGCUUGAAAACAUAUUAAAGGCUGAUUUUAGACAAAACUUACCCAGGUUGCAACCUGAAAAUCUUGAGCACAACAAGAAGUUGUUUGAGCGUGGAGAUGAUGUUUGUCCGAUUCCUGGAACCACAAAGAUUGGCAACUUUAAUCAGAACAUUAAAGCGUUGUCUGUGAUAUUGACUCCUGAAGAAAUGGCUGAACUUGAAUCCAUUGCUUCGGCGGAUGCUGUAAGGGGUGAUAGAGAUAUGUAUAGCUUUGCUACUUACAACAACUCCGAAACCCCACCGCUAUCUUCAUGGAAAGCUUCUUAGAGCCAUGGACUUACA